CGCCACCACCGCACAUCUCUUUCCUUUGCCUUCGUUUUUCUCGGUUCUCGUCUUUCGUUCUUCACUUUUAGACUAGCAAAUAUGAGACCACCACUUACAGGAGGACGUGGUGGUGGAGGAUUCAGGGGAGGAAGAGAUGGUGGUGGAAGAGGUUUUGGAGGUGGAAGAAGCUUUGGAGGAGGGCGUGGUGACAGAGGACGUGGUGGUCCUCGCGGAAGAGGCCGUGGUGCUCCUCGAGGAAGAGGAGGACCAGGUCGUGGAGGAAUGAAAGGAGGAAGCAAAGUGCUUGUGGAGCCUCACAGACACGCAGGAGUGUUUAUUGCUAAGGGUAAAGAAGAUGCUCUUGUCACUAAGAAUUUGGUUCCUGGUGAAGCUGUUUACAAUGAAAAGAGGAUCUCUGUUCAGAAUGAAGAUGGAACUAAGAUUGAAUACAGAGUUUGGAAUCCUUUUAGAUCUAAGUUAGCCGCUGCAAUUCUUGGUGGUGUGGAUAACAUUUGGAUUAAACCUGGUGCUAAAGUUCUUUACUUGGGUGCUGCUUCUGGAACCACUGUCUCUCAUGUUUCUGACCUUGUUGGCCCUGAGGGAUGUGUUUAUGCUGUUGAGUUUUCUCAUAGAAGUGGUAGAGAUUUGGUGAACAUGGCAAAGAAGAGAACUAAUGUUAUUCCAAUCAUCGAAGAUGCUAGACACCCUGCUAAGUACAGAAUGCUUGUGGGCAUGGUUGAUGUCAUAUUCUCUGAUGUUGCUCAGCCAGAUCAGGCAAGAAUCUUGGGCCUGAAUGCCUCAUUUUUCCUCAAAACUGGUGGACACUUUGUCAUCUCAAUCAAGGCCAACUGUAUCGACUCUACGGUUGCAGCAGAAGCAGUGUUCCAGAGUGAGGUGAAGAAGCUGCAACUGGAGCAGUUUAAGCCAGCAGAACAGGUGACUCUGGAGCCGUUUGAGCGUGACCAUGCCUGUGUUGUUGGUGGUUACCGCAUGCCCAAGAAACAAAAGGCUACAGCCUCAUAGAGGAACUGUGUAUUAAGACUUAUAUUCUCGGUUUUUGUUUUUAUCUCGUUUCCAUUAGGUUAUUAAAACACAAACUAUCUC